AUGACUGAUGACGAGCCCUCUGCCUUGGUGGUGGAUCAUGGGUCAGGGAUGUGCAAGGCAGGCUUUGGCGGUGACGACGCCCCCCGAGCUGCGUUCCCCUCCAUGGUGGGGCGUCCCCGGCACCAGGGGGUCAUGGUAGGCAUGGGCCAGAAGGACUGCUACGUGGGGGAUGAGGCCCAGAGCAAGACAGGAGUCCUGACCCUUAAGGAUCCCACUGAGCACGGCAUGGUCACCAACUGGGACGACACGGAGAAGACCUGGCACCACACUCUCCACAACGAGCUCCGCGUGGCACCUGGUGAGCAUCCCAUCCUCCUCGCCGAGGCGCGCAACCCCAAGGUCAACCGGGAGAAGAUGACUCAGAGCAUGUCCGAGGCUUUCCACACACCUGCCAUGUACGUGGCUAUCCAGGCUGUGCUGUCCCUCUCGGCCUCUGGCCGGACCACAGGCAUCGUGAUGCAUUCUGGGGAUGGGGUCACUCACACGGUGCCCAUCUAUGAAGGCUCUGCCCUGCCCCAUGCCAUUCUUCGACUGGAUCUGGCCGGCAGAGACCUGACUGAUGACCUCACGAAGAUCCUGACAGCAUGAGGCUACCACUUCACCCCCACAGCUGAGCGGGAGAUCGUUCGCAAUGUCAAAGAGAAGCUGUGCUACGUGGCGCUGGACCUUGAGCAAGAGAUGGUCAGUGCUGCUGCAUUCCCCUCAUUCGAAAGAAGCUACGAGCCUCCCGACGGGCAGGUGAUCACCCCUGGGAAUAAACACUUUCGAUGCCCUGAUCGACGCCCGGAAGCCAUUUUCCAGCCUUCCUUCCUGGGCAUCGAGUCCAGUGGGAUCCACGAGACAACCUUCAACCCUGUCACGAAGUGCGACGUGGAUGUUCGCGAGGAUCUGCGUGCCGACCCCGUGCUGUCUGGAGGCAGCACCACGCACCCUGGCAUCGCUGGCCGGGUGCGGGAGGCAGUUAUGGCCCUGGCACCCAGAACCAUGAAAAUCACGGGCAUAGCUCCCCCGGAGCGGAAGUCCUCCGUUUGGAUUGGGGGCUCCAUGCUGGCCAGCCCGUCCACGUUCCAGCAGAUGUGGAUCAGGAGGCAGGAGUGUGAUGAGGCUGGUCCUCCCAUCGUCCCCAGGAAACAUGUCUGA